CAGUCUCACAUUGAUGGCCGCGUGAGGUGGUUUUUUAACAGGCGUACGUAAACGUGCUGAUGGUAGAGAAAAAGAGAGGCGCGUUUUGUAUCUGAAAUCCAUUGGUGCGAUAAACGACAGGGCGAUGCUUUAUCACAAAUGCUAUGUAAGCAAGCUGUCCAAAUAUUCCCGAACAGAUAUGCUUGCUUCAGCCCAAAAACAAAUUCUAUUUUGGAACCUUUUGGUUCGGUCACGUGUUUUGCGGUGUGUGGACUCGUGCAGUUGUAAGCCUAGCGAUACUUUUCAAUCGAAUCAAAAGUUCUGUCGCAGAGGGUGGAUUUCUGUUAGCGGGUGUUUUCAUCUGGAUCACCAAUUUUAACAUCAGGUACCGACCGUACUGUUAUGACUGCUGUGUUCUUGCCCUAUGUUCCAGGCCAGAAGUUGAACAUGGAGGAAGCUGCCCCGACGUCAGAUGCUGGCCUCUUUCAAAAUUUAAAACUGAAGCGUAAGCGCGUUAGGGACAUCUUAGGUCAGUCAGAUCUGCCAGGGCACUUUGUCUUGUCCAAGCCAUCAGAAUGUGAUGGCCAGAGUGAUGUGAGCACAGGGAGUGCUGACAGUGCUUAUAUUUCAGACAGGACCUCUGAGAUGGACUCACAGCCACCUUUAAAAAAGAAAAAGCUGCAAAAGGAAGAAAAGAGAUACCCUGAGAAAGAUGAAGCAGGUGCUCAUCUGUCAGGGAGUUGCUCACCUGCCCACAAAUCUGCUUCACCUUCCAUGAGCCCAGAGGUGUCACCAGCUGCUGGCAAGUCAGGCUCCCCAAUGAUCCUCAGCUGUCCACAAGGUUAUCUUAUGCAGCUUUCUAAUGGCUUCAGUGCCCACCCCAACAAUGGCAUGAAGCUGAUGAUGGCUAUAUCAACAGCAGGGGUGCUACAGCCUGUCUCCACACCUAUGUUCAUAACAACAAAUGCUCAAGGCUAUUUUCUAUCUGCAACAAGUGACUCAUCAACCCAGAGCCAAAAUUUGAUAACUUACCCAACAUUGGAUGGGACUAAGGGAGUCAGGCCUGAAGAUGUGCUUCAGCUGGACAAAGCUGACAUCUCUCACAUGUCCACCCCCAACUUCAAGCAACCCAAGAAGGAAGAAACUCGUUUGGAAAAAGACAGUGAAUUUAUUUCCCAUUACACAAAUGGAGCAUUUGUGUACCGGGGUCAUCUGGCAGAGAACCCCCAUAACAUGAAGCCCAGAGAGGGUGGCAUGUGCAUGGAUCACAUCAAGAGUGAAGAGUCAGAUGCGGAGGAGACUUUAAUAUGUGCUAUUUGUGAUGACAAAGCUACAGGACUUCAUUAUGGGAUUAUUACAUGUGAAGGGUGUAAAGGUUUCUUUAAGAGGACAGUUCAAAACAAAAGAGUUUACACAUGUGUAGCAGAUGGCAGCUGUCAGAUCAACAAAGCACAACGCAAUCGCUGUCAAUACUGUAGAUUUAAGAAGUGCCUCAAAAUGGGAAUGGUAUUAGCUGCUGUGCGUGAAGACAGAAUGCCAGGGGGAAGAAACUCUGGAGCAGUGUAUAACCUUUAUAAGGUGAAAUACAAGAAACACAAGCGUCGAGACACCACAGAGAAAAGUUUAAAGAUGCACAGGUUAUCUUUUCCUACAUGUAAGCUGGAAAUGCCCGAGGUAAUAGCAGGCUAUCCAUGUGAGAGCUUUCCAUCAUCAGACUCUGCCUAUGAGUCCAGCACAGAAUGUGGGACUGAUGGCACAAAGUCAGACACGUCAUCCAGCUACAGUCAGCUCCACCACGCUUCAUCCUGCAGGACCAUCAUGGCUCAGGCCUACACUGACAGUCUCAAGAAUUACAAGCAAUUUUCUUGUCAGGAGAGCGGGACCAACCUGAAGAUUCCAUCCCCUCACAGACAACCAUCUUCACCUACUUGUGCUGUACAGCAUUACCACACACCUCAGUUAGAAAUUGGCCAAAAGCCUGCAAGUAUGCACCUCUAUUCCCAGCCAAUGGAUCACCCACCAGUGGUGCUUGAGCAAAGCUACAAGAAUCAGCAACACUCUCAGAGCCAUCAUGACUGUAAGAUCAGUAAAGGGCAGGAGAAACAAGGCUGGCCCACUCCCAACCAGGGCCACUCCCAACAUCAAGAGCAGGAGAAACAAGGAUGGCCCACUCCCAACCAGGGCCACUCCCAACAUCAAGAGCAGGAGAAACAAGGAUGGCCCACUCCCAACCAGGGCCACUCCCAACAUCAAGAGCAGGAGAAACAAGGAUGGCCCACUCCCAACCAGGGCCACUCCCAACAUGAAGACACAUUUCGUAUCAAACAGGAACUGGAGCCUCUAGAGAGCAGCAAGAUCAGGAGCUGUAGCAAUGACACCAUGCCAGAUUUCCUUGCCCCCAGCAGUGGCUACCCACUAUACAAGCCAACAACCAGACCAGGAGCACCCACACAAGAGCUGGAGGGCAGCCAAGAGAAGACGAGUGAAAACUUUGCUCAGACUUCUCUCCCAUACUAUACCUCACCAUCUUCCCUGAUCCCAGAACUGGCCAAAAAUGAGAGCCUUUUGAGUAUAGCAGAAGAUUAUCACAUAGACCAGUUCACUGGCUCAGAAGAAGCUGUGGCCCAGGCGCUGUGUCAAGUGGGGGACAACAUUGUCAUGAGAUUUGUCCACUGGAUGAAGCAGUUGCCAUUCUACAGAGAGAUACCUAAAGAUAUCCAGACCAAAAUUCUCAUGUCAAAAUGGCAUGAACUUUUACUGCUCAUUAUGGUAGCUUAUGGCCCUGUCAGCAAGCACCUAAAGAAAGCUGAGAAAAAACCGACUUACUCUGAGCUCUACUCUGGCAACAUGCAACGCAUGCAGGACUACUUAGAGAAAAGUUUCAACAAAUUCUUCACAUACCAGCAGCUCCAGGCUGAGAUAGGUGGCCUCAUGGAGAAACUCACAGCUAUCAUGGCUUAUUUCUGGCAACUAGGCGUCACCAAGAAGGAACUUCUCUGUCUCAAAGUCAUUUUACUUUUGAAUCAUGAAAGUGUGAAAAAAGAUCCAAAGUUGAACCAGAUCUCCACCUGCUACAAGCAAGCCCUGCAGCAGUACAUCCUUGAGAGAUUUCCAUCAGAGGCCAACAGGCUAGGUGACCUUUUGGGCCAGUUCCCAGGUCUGCAGGCAGCAUCAGCCCAGCUCCUGGGCAGCAAGAUGAUCUACAUACCAUUUCUACUCAAUGCUUAGAUCCCACAAGUACAAGAUGAUCUACAUACCUUUUCUACUCAAUGCUUAAGCUUGGAUUUCACAAGUACAAGAGAGCAAUCCAACAGAAUUGGUGAAACCUGCACACACACAUUGUGUCUUUCAUUCAAAAAUAUCAAACAAGAAUGUCUUUAGCCAGGUACACCUAGAGGCAAUGACAGAUUCAAAUCUCUGUACAUAGUGACCAGGCUGUCUUACUGGACCAACCAUGAUACCAGCAGGGAGUGCCUUUGUUGAGAGCUUGUCUCUCCCAUGGCCUAUGCUGGUUCAACUAAAAAACAAAAAGAUAUGUGACUUUCUGACUAGGCAGGUGUCCCUUGGUGACACUUUGAUAAACCCGUACCUUACACUUACACUCGCGCGGACAAAUGUGCCUUUUAACAAACUUAACAUGGUCACUGCUUAACCAGUCAAGAAAAUAUGGUAAAAAAAGUGACUGAAAACACUAGACCUUCUUUACAGCUAGUGGAAUGUUGUGUAUUCUGUGGCUAGACUGUGAUAGUGUGAU